AUGGAGGGGAUGACACGCUUCGUGGUGGCCGCGGCGCGGUGGCGGCCGGCGCUGCCCGCCCUGCUGCCGCUGCUGCUCGCCGUGCCGGCGCUGCGGGGCUCUCCCGCCGCAGAUGUGAGAUCCUUGGAACAGCAGAAUUUUUCCUUUUUCUCAACGAUGCAUGAAAGCAUAUCAGGCAGCAGGACACAAACAGCCUUAGCAAGGAGUACUUUGGAGUCCCAAGAAAGUAAUUUGCUUCAAACAGUUUUAUCAUCAGUUACUACUUCCUUUGAUGGGACUUCACUUAGCCAAGAAGAAACAGCCACGAUUUCAGACAGGAGAAGUAUGCCACCGUUGGUAGAUGUCUCUGUAAGGAGCAAUGAGGCAUUCCUAAGUGAUGAUGAAUUUAUUAGCUCCUUUUCAAAGGCACAGUGGACUCGUCCCAUGAAGUCUUUUGCAGUUUUAACAGAUCAUCACUCAGUUAAUACAGUAGAGCCAUCAAGAGAAAUGUUAGAAACUGUGUUGCUAACACCUUCAUUAUCUGUCCUUUCUUCACUGUAUGAUAUCUCAGAAACAGCACAGCAGAAGACUCCGUUGAGUGCUGUCUCUGAACGCAGCUACACUCUUAUGGAACUAAAGCCUUUUGUACCAGAUCCUGAAAUAUUAACAGCAAGCAGAGACUUGCUGUUGUACCCUCCAAAUACAGCUGUUCCUUUCACUUCCAUUCCUUCUGACACAGGAGUUGUGGCACAGGAAAACAGUAAUGCCAGUUUAACAGCUCUGCCUUUUGGGGGUGCUUCAGAAGGAUCACCUCUCCAUCUCAAGCUGCUGGGUGAAACCAGCCCUGGGGCCCCAAAUGCCACAGCGCAACGUGCAGACCUGUAUGGUGAUGUUUACACCCAUGUGAGUAGCUGGGCAGCAGAAUCUCUCGGUCGAAGGACUCGCCCCACUCCAAGCAUUCCCUGGCCCACACCAGCUUCAGCAGCUAGUGCUGAGCCUUCUUUUUAUCCUAUUAGUCUUCCACUUGUGUCUUUCCCUCUUGAUUCAGCUGCCAUUUCCAUGAACUCUAAUACAGUUCUUAAUGCCAGCCUGUUUACACAUGAAUUCUCCACUACAGCACCAAAUUUGCCUGCUGGUUCAGAAAUACCAAGUCAAUCAGAGCUUGUCAGUGAGCUCAAGAGUCCAGUGCCUUUCACAAGAUCAUACAGUUACUGUCUGUAUUGUGACUCAGAAGUUUCACUUCUGCCAGAAGCAGGCUUUGCCCCAGAACAUGAUGUGGGCUCAGGUGAUUAUGUUGAAACUUUGUCCAUCAAAGCCUCUGAAGUACAAGGCAUAACUGCAUUUACAACUAUAAUUACUGAUGGGUAUGAAUUAGAGGAACCUACACCUGAGAUUUUUGAUACUACUUUUCCAUCAAGACCUGUUGUUUCACUUUCUUCAAGAUUUGCAGAAAUCCAUGACUCAAGCAUGUUUUUAUUAAGCACUACAGACACUAGAACACCUAUAACAAUAUCUCCCUCCUUCCAUCAGCUCCCUGGGGAAAUGUCACUGAACAUCUCUGUUUCCCAGACCCUCCCUGUUCUGGAAACACUUUUGGUGACUCCAGGCACUCAUGUAGAACUUCCUGGUGCCACCGCUGCUCUGUUGGACUCUACCAUCAACCCCAGUGAGCCAGUCGCGUCAUUUGUAAUCAGUCGGACAACCUUGCUGGAACAGCCAGAAUUAAUGCCAUCAGAAUCCAUGGUUUUGUUUGGCAAGACAUCUACGAGGGACGAACUGUCUUUAAAUAUUUCAGAUUUUCCAUCCAAUCUUUUAUCAACACUAUUUCUUAUUGAAUCUAGCUACUUGUCUUUAUCGCUGACCAUGGUAAAUUCUUAUUCUGUCAUGCAAAGUGAUUUAUCAACACUGUUACCUCAGACCCUGUUGACUGGGACAUCAGUACUUCCUGAGGAUGUUACCAGCUGGGACUUAGCUACCACUAUAAGCUCUGCCACUGACGCUGAGGUUUCUCAGUUACAUCUUGGCCAAACAUCAUACUUUCAUUCAAAUGCAUCGUCCCUUCCAGAUGCACAGGUUCCUGAAAUAAUGGCAUCAUCAGAUUUUCACUCAGAGUCAUCCGUGUUUCUGGAAGCAUCCUCGGUACUGCCAGUGGGCUCUGAAGCUGUGUUUACCUCAGCUGCCACAGGAGCUACCUCUCAGCUGGAGCCUUCACUCUCCAUCUCUCACUCUGUGGUUCCUACCCCGGUGCUACCCACUUCUGACACCCAGUCUGUUACCAGCAGCAUCUUGCUCAGUGAAACAAAUCUGAUCUCUUUGUUUACUACCUUUCUGGCAACUCCUGUCUUAAACAUAGCUUCAUCUCUACUUUUGACUGCUCUGGCUUCUGAUGAGGAUAUUGGUGCUACAGUUAACCCCACGCUGCUUUUAACAUCUGGCAGCAGGGGCAGUGCCCCUACAGCCCUUCCUCCCACAGACCCUGACAACCUUGCAUCGGAUGCCGACACCAUCAGCGCAAUGCCCUCUCCUACAGCAUCUCUGUCUGUGACCUCUUCAUUUGCUCCCAUACCAUUUCCUCUGACAGCCAGCCCUCCCCCUGGACAUGAAGUUCCAUCAGGAAGCAGUGUAACUGCUGGUGCUGGUGCAUCAGCUCCUUCCACCACUGCCAGCAGUGCUACAGGCAGCCCAGGGACAUCCUCCACCCCGCUGAGGACCACUACUCCAUCUGAAGUGGUGGUUGUGACCUCUGCUGUGACUACUACCAGGCAGCCGUACGUCUGCGACAUCACCGUUCCUGAUGCCUACUUAGUCACUGCGGUGCUGGCCCGAAGAGCUGUUCUACGAAAUGUCAGUGAAUCCAUCAGAGAAGUGCUCAGAGUUCAGUUCAGGAGAUCAGUAGAGCUAGAGGUUUAUAAAAUUUCCCCCAAAUUUGCUUUCUUGGUGACAUCUGGUCCCUUUGUUUACACGUCGAUAGCUGUCAUAAAUGUGCUUGUGAACAGCAGUCUUCUUCGUGGGGAGGCCCCCCUCAUCCUCUCACUGCACCCUUCUUUCACUGUGCCAGACAACAGAUUCCAGGUUCAGACAGUGCUUCAGUUUGUACCUCGAAACGUGGAUAUUGGAUUCUGCACCUUCAGCCAGCGCAUUGAGAGAGGGCUGACAAUGGCAUUCCUGGAGGUGAACAAACACCAGGAGUUCUACAACUUCACUGUGAAGAUACUGAAUAUAACUCUAAGCAGGCCUGGGGUGCCGUUUCGACAGGGCCCUGUGAGCAUUGUUUUUGCCAUCCGAGAUAGGUAUGGUUUUCUAAAUGGGUCUGAAGUCAGCGAGCAGCUCAGAAACUUGUCUGUGGUGGAAUUCAGCUUCUAUCUGGGCUUUCCUGUGCAGCAGAUUGCUGAACCCUUUCAUUAUCCUAAGCUUAAUGUGUCCCAGUUGAUGAAAUCUUCCUGGGUGAGGACAGUUCUCCUGGGUGUCAUCGACCAGCGAAUUCAGGAGGAAGUGUUUCGGGCAGAGAUGGAGCGGAAACUCGCUCACCUGUUCAACGAGGCUUUGCUCAGAGGCAGGAUCUGGAGACGAGCCAGUUUUGCAGGCAGCAACAUUGUGCAGAUCGUGAACGUGUCACGCUUAGUUGGUGUUGAUAACCCUGUGGAGCUGAUCUAUUUCGUGGAGGACCAAGAUGGGGAGAGACUGAGCGCUCUGAAGUGCUCGGAUCUGAUGAACAGAGUCGAUAUCCAGCGGGCUGCGAUCAUCCUUGGCUACCGCAUUGAGGGCAGCGUUGCACAGCCUGUGGAGAAGCUGAAGGAGCCCACUUCAGAGACUCAGAACAGCAACCUCUGGAUUAUCGUUGGGGUGGCAGUCCCGGUUGCCGUGGUGCUCCUGAUUGUUAUUAUUUUAUACUGGAAACUCUGCAGAACAGACAAGCUGGAGUUUCAGCCAGACACAGUGAGCAACAUUCAGCAGCGACAGAAGCUACAAGCCCCCAGUGUGAAAGGCUUUGAUUUUGCUAAGCAGCAUCUGGGCCAGCACAAUAAAGAUGAUGUCCUGAUUAUCCAUGAGCCAGCUCCUUUACCAGGACCUAUUAAGGAUACAACCCCAUCUGAGAACGGAGAUGUGCCCAGCCCCAAAUCCAAGACUUCUACAAAGCCUUCAAAGACUGUUCGACACAGAGGGAGAAUUUCACCAUCAGAUGCUGAAUCCACGGCAAGUGAACAAUCCAGCGGGAGAGAAACAGGAGAAGAAAGUGCAAGACCAUCAACUGCUGCAAACGAGGGCAAGCCACGCAGAGCAGUGAAGAAGGGAGCAAACAGAGUGGGACCUCCUCAGACCAGCAGUGGAAACGAGCAGCACUCCUCAGCCUCUAUCUUUGAACAUGUGGAUAGGAUGUCCCGUUCCUCAGAUGCCAGCAGACGGGUCCCAAGCAAGAUCCAGCUGAUUGCCAUGCAACCCAUGGCAGCACCUCCGGUUCAGAACUCGGUGCUCUCCGACCGGGUAGCAGAGACCAACAAAAUUAAUAAAGAGAUACAAACAGCCCUGAGGCAUAAAUCCGAGAUCGAGCAUCACCGCAAUAAGAUCCGCCUCCGCGCCAAGCGUAAAGGGCACUACGAGUUCCCAGUGGUGGAUGAUGUGGUGGUGGUUGACUCCAAAGAACAGCACAGAAUAUAUCGCAAGGCACAGAUGCAAAUUGACAAGAUCUUGGACCCUGGAGGCAGUGUGCCUACUGUCUUCAUAGAGCCCAGGAAGAGUUCUCGUGCAAAACGUUCUCCCAAGCAGCGCCGUCGCCAUCAGAUAAAUGGGAGUCCGAUUGAUGCCGAAAAGGACAGGUUAAUCACAACUGACAGUGAUGGGACAUACAAAAGGCCUCCAGGAGUCAAUAAUUCUGCAUAUAUUUCCGACCCCGACUUGCCUCCCGAGCCGCAGACGUCAUCCUCGGCGGAUGUGGGGAAGUUCCCCGGCUUGCCCCCGCACCCGGUGUCACAGUACGUGCCCCCGCAGCCGUCCAUCGAGGAGGCUCGGCAGACCAUGCACUCGCUGCUGGACGACGCCUUCGCGCUGGUGGCUCCCAGCAGCCAGGCCGCCAACUCCACGGCCGUGCCUCCGCCUGGGGUCUCGGCAGGACAGCCGAGAUACAUGGAAUUUGGAAUGACUCCGCCAACAGCACCAGGUCUCCUACCGAGGCAGAACUUUGGGCCAGGUUUUCUUCAGCCUGCUGAGUUAAUGCACGGAGAGCAGCCACCCCCUGAGGUUCAGUAUUCCUCCAGGGGGAUGUACUCAGAGGAAAUGCCAUCAGUGGCACGGCCACGACCCGUUGGAAGCACUGCAGGUUCUCAGAUACAGCACCUCACUCAGGUGGGAAUUGCUAGCAGGAUCGGAGGUCAACCAGUGGAGAUCCCCUCAGGCAGAGCAGGGCAUGGCCAGCCUGGGGGGCCAGGGUGGCCCCAGUAUCGUGGAGAGGAUGAAUGUGCUAGGCGAGAUGCAACGCAUAUGCAUGGACACCAAGAAUAUUCCUCCUCACCAGUAUUCCAGAUGCCGAGGACUUCAGCCAGGCAGCCCUCGGCACCUCCUGCUCAGCUUCCACACAACAGCCUUCAGGGCCAGGGCCUUUGCUACACCACCAGUUCCACUGAGGACCUCCAGCCAGGUCACUCAUCAGCCUCUCUUAUCAAAGCAAUUAGAGAAGAACUUCUGCGACUUUCUCAGAAACAGACAACAGUGCAGAACUUCCAUAGUUGAUUUAGCAUUCCAUUGCAAAUCUGCCAGGUAUCUGCUUCCUAUGGAAGCAAAGACUUAGAGGAAAUCAGCAAUGUUGUUCUCACAAAGGAAGGAACUUCCACAGCUCUGUUGACAGUACUCUGGAAAAAUCAAAAAAGGCAACAAAAUGAGAAUAGUAAGGAGAGAUGGGGGACAAACAGGAAAAAUCAUCAGUGUCAUCACAAGUAAUAUUAAUUAAUCUGCUAAUAUUACGGUGCUCCUCUUCUCUCCUUACACUCAUUCAGGCUAACAUAUAAAUAAAACCAUAGGUCAAGAACUCGGUACUCCAGCAACAACAACAAAAAAAAUGACAGGAACUAUCUCCAAGAAUGAUAGACUCCUUUUUCUAAGGAAGUAGGUGAAGUUUUUAAUGAACAUUUUGCAAGAGAUUACAAGUAUUCUUAUCUCUCCAGUGCUUAUGGGGAACUGGUUUGUGUUGCUGUUCUGGAGGAUUACAAACUGUAUCAACUCAAGGGUCUUGAAGGUCCAAUCUCGCAUAGGAAUCACUUUGGUUGUCAGGAACAAUGGGACUACUUAGAAUAAAAGUCUUUAUGAGUUACUUGUAUUAAACUGGAACGAUAAUUGUUACAGCUCUGUGGUUCCGAAUGGAGCUACCCUCUGCACUCUUCCUUGUUUUCCUUCUGGUGCUGAAGCUUCAAGUGUUCCUUCAUCUUCAAUGUUUGCAAAGUGAAACAUUGGCCUUGUAUAAUUAAGAAAAUAUUUGUAGACUCAUUCAGGCUGCAAAAGAAAGCAAAGCAUCCAAACAGGAAGGGCUUGGUACCUAAUUUGUUUAAAAGUUACUGAAAACUGGAAGGGGAAUACUCAGCCACAUUUGAAUUUGGGGAAAUGUGUGUGUAUAUCUUUGAAAAACCAUAUUUGCAUACUAAAUGCUCUUGCAAGACCAGUGAUAAACCAUUGCCACUCUGUAGUUUGCUUUGUGGACAGAAACCAAUCCAGCCUGACUGGUACAGGGUCACCAGCAUUAUGUUAUAAAUUGAUGUCCUAAAUCAUUGCUUAUGUUUGGAUCUGAAUAAUUUUAGUGGAAGUCAGUGACAGUUUAGAGCAUUAACAUAGGCUUAGAUUUGCAGUUUUGAGACAGUUUCUAUAUUUAUACUUGUUUCCACUGUCCCUUUGGACAAUGGGUAAGCAUUAUCCCCAUGGUAAGAAUGGUACGUGCCAUGGAACUGUUUGUCGCUGUUUUUUUCAGAGUUUUUAUUUAAAAUUAGCUAUGAAUUUACUAAUAUUGGCCAUUGCAUAACUGUAACUGACAUAAUACACACAGACAUUUUGCUUAAGUCACGAUUGGUUGAAGUGUUUUCAUUUUCAGGUCAGAGUGAACUAAAGCUACUAAACAGGCACAGAGAUGGAGGGCAGGCUCAGUGUUGGUGAGGAGGCUUGGGAACCCUACCCUAGGGCAGUGGGCAGCAGGAGAAUUAGGUGCUGCAGUGCAAACAUGAGCAAAUGGCUGUGGUCAGGGGUCUGAGGAACAGAGAUCUGCCAGAGAGAGCACUGGGCAGCCAGGCAGGGGCUGCGUUUGCCUCUCUUACUGGGGCAGAAAUGGCAGUGGUGAAGUACAGGUACCAUAACACCAGUAUGGUGUUGUGGUCCUUGGCUACCACAUCUGCUCCUGGCUCCAGUGUACGGUUCAAUAAGGGCAGCAGCACUAACUCAGACUGAAAUUAAAACAGCUGGGAGGACAUGGUGGAAGAAGUCCCCUCCAUACCUUACUCAUGAAGUGUGUCCAUCAUACUCACAGCCGAAACCAAAACCUCAGUUGCUUGCUGAGGUGGGAAAAAAAGGUGGUAUGUUUCCCUCUUUGCUAGGAAGCUCAGUUAUUUUUCUGUUUACCUAUGAUCGUCAAAAAACUGUAUGAAACUGUUUUGAGGGACUUAGAGUAAUGAAGCAGUAUAAAUUAAUUUCCAGUUCCCUGGCCUAUGUGUAAAGCCCUCAUGGGCACCAGUUGAGGUUUGAAAGGAAUCAACACCAGCAUGGUUCUAACAGCAGUACCAACAGGUCACUAUGAUUUGAAUUUUUUAAGUUUUUUGUGUGAUAGUUCUAGGAUAAAAAUAAACAUUUCUUUUCUGCCAACUUUGUAAACAUGACUGUUGCCAAUACUUCUGCAAAAUGCCAGGUUUUGAAGAAUGAAGAGUGUAUCAGGCAGUGUUCAUUUGGUCGUUUUGACAGCACUGAAGACUGACUGUUGCUAAGUGUUCCCAUUAAAACCAUCUCUUUCAGACCCCACGUCCUUCUCCAGUUUAAUUCUGUAGUGAGCUCAGAGACUGAUGCUUAUAAUCUUAGCACAUUAUUAUGACCUCAUUUCAAGAAAAUGUGGUCUUCUAGGAGGUGAAUUAAUUUUGUCUGGUUCCAGCUAUUUAAGAACAAUAUCUUCUCCGUGAAAUGAGAGCUUUGAAAUUUAGAGGUACUUAAGCCAUUUCUUAUUAAUUUUUUUGCUUGUGAUGGUGAUGCAGUUGUGAAAUUCCAUCUUCUUAUAUUUGGAUGUGUAUAAUUUCUCUUUUCAGUCCCUAAUCUUAUGAAGAACACAAGACAAAUACGUACUUGUAAAUAAAAGGGGCUUUCUGAUGAAGGAAACCCUCUUUAAAACUUUCAACAGGAUAGUAAAGUAUAAGAAGUCAGAAAGCUGUGUUUGGAAGUUACGUUCUCAGAUUGGCUGGAGACCUGAUCCAGUGUCCAAAAAAUUGGUAUGGCCUAGUCUGUAUCCUCAUAUAGGAAGAAAAGUAACACCAGUUACCAGCCACCAGUUCCAAGAAUGGCUUUAACAAGGGAGAAUCCACAUUUUUUGCAGCUAGAGGAAAAGCUGUUUUUUUUUCGUGUGCUGCAGAAGGAUUCUGUGGAAUGCAUGUGCCAGAAUGUGUGUUUCCACUUGGAAAUUCUGGGGGGACAAAAUCUGCAAGUUUCUGCAUCCCCAUGUGCUUGAGUUCUUUAGCCAAUUUUUUUUUUUUUCAUUGCCCUAUUAAAAGGCUGGAGGGGAAAACCAAACAAACCUUUUUUUCCUGAAACUUAAAGUAUCCUAUAUUUAAGUAUCUGUUAAUGAAUCUCCUGGUUUCUGAAAUCACCGAUCAGAUGAAAAUUUGGUGCAGACACAGAAAGCUGUUAUCAACUGUUGCAUCCAUUUCCAUGACUAAACCAUCUGGUUCAUGGAAUCCUCGGGUUCUUCCUUUUCUUCACAAUUUUCCUUGGCAUUUGUGUUUAGUCUAUGUUUAGUUUGGCAUAUAAAAGAACUUGGCAAGAUGAGAGCUACAUAA